AUGUCCUUCUCCUACGAACUCACCCCCGACGACCUCGACACAGCCACCGAGAUCCCCCCAGCCAUUCGAGCAGCUCAAAAUCCCAAUCCGGCUGUUUUACUGGCGUUAUUAGACUUCUACGGCUACGAGCUGUCUCAAGUCGCGCAUCUCGCGCCUCGAGACCGCGGCGGCCUCGAGCGAUGCUCCCCCAACGCCAACAUCACCGGCGCUAUUGACUGCGUCUACGAAUCCCCAUUAACCGCAGCUAUUCGCGCAAACCUUCCCGAUAAUGUGCGUGCGCUUCUGGCGGCGGGUGCGGACCCCGCGGGCAUCAAACUAAGCUAUCUGUCCGACUACUCUGUGCGCUUCAUCCGCGGCCGAGAUGCGAAGACCGACACGUCGAGCUUUGCCAUGUGCCCGCCGCGAGAGUCCAUUCUCGCCGUGGCCGCGGCGAAAGGCAUCCGGCAUCAGACGCAGCCCUUGACCACCUCUGAGCUGAACGAGCGUCACUCCGGCUUUCCUCGCUUCUGGACCGAGCCCAAUCUGCCAGGCCAACGAUUCCGCUCCACCAAGGCCUUAACGGCUCUAGAAGUAGCCGCAGCUUGUGGCCAAGAGCAAAUGUUUGACAUGAUUCGCGACGCCGGAGCAGAUGAAUCAGCCUGGACGGAGAUUCAACCAUCCAAUGAAAUUGUUGAGGACGAACCGUCUAUCCAGGAGGCAAACUCAUCAUCACUGUCGACCUCAUCGCCCGUCCACGAAGCCAUCACCGCAGGUAACCGCGCCAUGCUUCACAAAUUGCUCCAUCAAUGCCACUAUUCCCCAAACUAUCGACCUCUAGCUGCAGCGCCGACUCUGUCCCUUCCGCCACUCUCCCACGCCUUGGCCUGCUGUGAUCCAGACGACCCCAAGAUCAGGGAGUGUAUCAUAGAGCUGCGAGACCACCCAGACCUCGAUCAUCACCUCCGCUCUGCCAUCUUCGAAGUCCAUCCCCUUCAUUUUGCCGUCGCUCGUCACAGCCCAGCCCUUCUGUCCUGGCUCGCCCUGCCCCUCUCGUCUGCGGGAUCCACUGCUCUCGGACAGACGCUGCUUCACAUCGCCUCGCUGCCCCUGACAUCCGAAUCUAUCGAUCAAAACAACCCUGACGUCGUCCGGAGCAUUCAUUGCGCCAGAACUCUGGAUCGCGCCUGGUUACCGCAUGCUAGACCCAGUCCCUUACACUUGCAGCCAACGCCGCCGUCCUGGCUCAACCCAGUGCGUCCCCGUGCGAGAACCCCAUUGACGCCCACCGAGCAGGAAGCCCAGUUAGAUACCCUGCGCGCUCUGGUCGAUGCAGGCAUUGAUGUCCGCGCACAGGAUGUUGAUGGUAACACUGCCCUGCACUAUCUGGCGGUAACCUUGAAUAUCGACCCCCGCGCAAUGCAAUUGUUAAGAGAAAUGGACGCCGGCGAGGAGGUUUAUCAUCACGUCUUAAAUCGGGAAGGCUUGUCGUCGCGGGCCUUGUGGGAGAGUAGAUCGCUCUAG